AUGGAUGCACUAUUGACUCGUCUAGAUGCUCUCGUCACAAACCCUGAUUUUGCGCCGCUUUUGUCGUUAGCAAAGGGUGUUCGAAAUGGCGCGGUUUACGGCGCAAAAGUGCGGUUUCCGCAUGCUCUGGUGAUGAUCUUUCUCUUUCGGUCCGGAACCUUCCGCGAAAAAGCCAAGCUUGUCCUGAAAGCCACGCGCCAACACGCUCGCAACCUGGCAACUUUUGCAUUUAUUUACAAAAGCGCGAUGAUUGUGCUGCGCAAUGUUAAUCCGUCCGCGAUCGGAAAGGAGGGCCGAUAUGAUAGUUUCUUUGCCGGAGCGUUGGGAGGGUACGCUGUUUUUGGUCGGCGCAAGACAAGUGUUACCCAACAGAUUGUCAUCUAUGUCUUUGCUCGUGUGCUACUCGCCAUGGCAAAGCUCUCUGUGGAGCCAGGCAUGCACCCUCUCUCCUCCCUCAUUACCCCUGAAUCGCGAUCCGAAAUCCAGAAGAACGCAUGGCCUGUCUUUGCCAGUCUCAGCUGGGCUUUCGUCAUGUAUAUUUUCCGCUGGUACCCCGAGACCCUGAUGUCGAGUCUGCGGAGCAGUAUGGUGUACAUUUACGCCGAUUCGGACCAUUGGGACUCGUUCCGCAAUCUCCUGAUACACAACAAGUAG